GACUGUGAAAUAGCACCAUGUCAUCUUCACCCAAGCAGUCCAGAAGUUAAGCAGAACAGCCACCGAACCCAGUGGAGAUAUGGCUCCUGGACUCCUUGCUCUGCAACCUGCGGGAAGGGUACCAGGAUGCGAUACGUCAGCUGUCGUGAUGAUCAGGGCUCUGUGGCUGAUGAAGCUGCCUGCUUUCAACUCCCAAGGCCAUUGGCAACCGAAGCGUGUAUGGUAACUCCAUGUGGACGAUGGAAAGCCAUGGAAUGGAGCUCGUGUUCUGUGACUUGUGGGCAAGGUAAGGUGACCCGGCAGGUCGUCUGCAUAGAUUACAGUGACCAGAUUGUUGACCGGAGCGAAUGCGAUGCUGAGGAUCUCCCUGCAACGGAGCAAGAUUGCUCCAUGCCAUCAUGCCAACAGAUCAAUCCUGACUAUAACAGGCCGAUCCAUCCGUUCCCUUAUCCUGACUAUCGACAAAAGAACAACCAAGGUGGAAACCUGAAUCGAAACCAUGGCCGUGGACAUAUACAUGGAGGCAGCCAGUGGAGAACUGGUCCGUGGGGAGCGUGUUCCAGUACCUGUGCUGGAGGAUUCCAACGGCGGGUUGUGGUAUGCCAGGAUGAAAAUGGAUACACUGCCAGCAAUUGUGAUGCAAGAACAAAACCUGAUGAGCAAAGAUCGUGUGAAUCGGGACCCUGCCCUCAGUGGGCCUAUGGCAGCUGGGGUGAAUGUACAAAGCCAUGUGGUGGAGGAACCAGAACAAGGCUGGUUGUGUGCCAGCAUCCCAAUGGAGAGAGAUUUACUGAUCUGAGCUGUGAAAUCCUUGACAAGCCACCAGACCGUGAGCAGUGCAAUAUGCAGAACUGCCCUGAGGAUGCUGCUUGGAAUACUGGCCCAUGGAGCUCGUGUUCUGUCUCUUGCGGGCGAGGACAGAAGUACCGAGACGUUUAUUGCUGGUCCAAGGAUGGGAAACGUUUAGAAAACAGUCUUUGUAAACAGCUGGCCAAACCAAAUGUGCAAAAAAAGUGUAGAGGUGGCAGAUGCCCAAAGUGGAAAGCAGGAGACUGGGGACAGUGUUCCGUGUCCUGCGGGAGAGGAGUCCAGCAGAGAAGCGUCUUCUGUCACCUAGGCACUCAGAAAACAGUGAGAGAGACUGAAUGCAAUCCCUUGAGCAGACCGGCUUCGGAGCAGGAAUGCCAAAUGGCCGACUGUGCCAUCUACCUUUGGAAAGCAGAGGAGUGGCAAGAUUGUAGCAAAACAUGUGGUGAAGGCUCCAGAUACCGCAGAGUAAUCUGCGUGGAUCAAAAUAUGCAAGAAGCUGACUCUCUGCACUGCGAUCCAAGCAAGAAACCUCCUGAUGUUGAGCCCUGCAACUUGCCACCAUGCGAAUACAUUUGGAUUACAGGGGAUUGGUCAGAGUGUUCCGUGACAUGUGGCAAAGGCUACAAGCAAAGACUGGUCUCCUGUAGUGAAAUUUACACAGGAAAAGAUCAUUACGAGUAUGGCUAUCAGAACACACUCAACUGUCCAGGCACACAACCACCAAAUGUGCAGCCAUGCUAUCUAGAUGAAUGUCCAGUUUUGGCAUCGUGGAGAGUUGGAAAUUGGGGAAGUUGUUCAGUGAGUUGUGGAAUCGGGAUAAUGCACCGGUCAGUUCAGUGCCUUACAAACAGUGACCAAGCAAGUAAUUUGUGCCCUGAGGAUUUGAAACCUGAAGAAAGGAGGGCAUGUCACAAUAUUCAUGAUUGUGAAUUACCUACAAGCUGUAAAGAAGUAAAAAGGCUCAAAGUGAUCAAUGAAGAUGGAGAGUAUUACCUUAAAGUUAAAGGAAGGCUCUUAAAGAUCUAUUGUGCUGGUAUGGAAUCUGACAGCCCGAAAGAAUAUGUGACUCUUGCAAAUGGAGAAGCAGAGAAUUUCUCAGAAGUAUACAGCUACAGAUUACAUAACCCAACUGAAUGUCCAUACAAUGGAAGCAGACGAGAAGACUGCCAGUGUAGGAAAGAUUACACUGCAGCUGGGUUAUCUGCCUUCAGCAAAGUAAGGCUGGACCUGAGUGCUAUGCAAAUAAUAACAACCGAUUUACAGUUUGCACAAACACUUGAUGGACGACCUGUUCCUUUUGCCACUGCUGGGGAUUGCUAUAGUGCAGCCAAGUGCCCACAGGGUCGCUUUAGUAUCAACCUUUCUGGAACGGGUCUAGCAGUAACACAAACUUCAAAAUGGCUUUCCCAAGGGAAUUACGCUGUUUCUGAAAUUAUAAAAUCACCAGAUGGUACCAAAGUAAUAGGAAAAUGUGGCGGUUACUGUGGGAAGUGUACACCAUCAUCUGGAACUGGUCUCAAUGUCCAAGUGUUAUAGCAAUGGAUUUCUGAAUGCCGGGAGCUGAAGCAAGAUGGAUGAAGGAUAAUGAAGCAAUACCUCUGCCUUCCACUUUUGUAAUUCUUCCUCUGUAUAUGUCUCUGAAUGUGCCUAUGUGUGUAUGAGUGUGCGCGUGUGCCUAUGUAUGUGUAUAUAUAUUGUAUAUUCCUGAUGUUGUAAAGUAUAAUAU